AUGUUUCAGAUAUCUAGAAACUGCAAACCUGAAGCUGUAAUAAAUAGUCAAUUCAUCGAUACUGCAAGCAAUAAGUCUAAAGCAAUGUUGCAAAUAACCAAUGAAUCUCGCAACAAACUGAAUAAUGGAAGGACCUGUGAUAAUAUCCAAGGCUGUGACAUUUCCUGUGAUAAUUUUAACUCUUAUUUUACCAAUAUUGCUCCUAGUCUGUUAAAUAAGAAUGCAGGCGGUAUUAGGACGAAGUUAAAUGAUUUUUCGUUAAGUGUUAAUUCCGGUGUAUAUGAUGUGAUCAUUAUUUCUGAAACUUGGCUCUGUAGUAAUAUUGCUAAUGAGGAAUUACUUUUAAGUGAUUAUAAUGUUUUCCGUGCUGAUCGAGAUGUUAAUACUAGCAACAAAGUUAGGGGUGGCGGUGUGCUAAUCGCUGUGAAAAGUUAUAUUCAUUCGUCUCUUAUUUUAACUGGUAAUUCGGUUGAAAGUAUUUAUGUCCACAUAUACCAUAACGAAUUAAACCUGAUUGUUUGUGGUGUAUAUAUACCUCCGGCUUCUCCACUAAAUGUGUUUGAGGAUUAUUGUUGUGAUUUGGAAUCUAUUUUCGAAAAAUUUACGGAGUCUUCUUAUAUUAUUGUGGGUGAUUUUAAUUUACCCCAACUUAGGUGGGAUUUAGGCAACAUUCAAAACAAUGCACUUUCUGGUUCUCGUGAUUAUUAUAAUGUAAUUUCUUACACUACUGCUUUUAUGAACUUAGAACAACUAAACAAGAUCCCUAAUAGUAGAAAUGUCUUUCUAGAUCUGGUUUUUUCCAAUAUUGUUAGUUUGGAUAUUAGUAUUGCCAUUGAUCCUAUAUUUCCUGCGUCAGUUCAUCAUUUUCCAUAUGAAUGGUGCGUGCCAUCUACUUCUCUUUUUCCAGUGUAUUCUGAGACUCGACGUUUUGACUUUGCUAAAGGUAAUUACAAUCUUUUAAAUAAUUUUUUUGCUUCUGUACGGUGGGAUUCUAUAUGGUCUGGUCUUACGAUAGACGAAAUGGUAGUAAUAAAUAGUGCUCAAACAUUUCCAAAAUGGUUUACCAAGGAACUCAAAGAUUUAUGUGUUAUGAAAAAGUCUGCGCAUUACCAUUAUAAGAAAUCUGGAAAGUUGGAGGAUUACCUGCACUUUAAAAAUUUAAGAUCUCGUUGCAAAGAAUUGAGUAGACAACUGUAUUCGGCCUACGUUUCUAAAGUUAACUUGAGUAUUUCUAACAACCCAAAAUUUUUUUGGAAGUUCAUUCGAGACAAGAGAAACAAUGAUAUGAUACCUAAUGAGAUGUGUCUGAAUCAAGAAGUUGCUAAAGGAGGAAAACAAAUACCUGACCUUUUUGCGAAGUAUUUUUCUUCAGUUUAUGUGAAAGAUGAUUCAAGAAAAUUUUUAUGCGAUUUUGAAGUGCCUUUGCAGGUGAAUGAUAAUGGUUUAAGCGUUACUCUUUCAAUUGUUUUUGAACAUAUUUCGGCUUUGUAUCUGUCUUGCAAUAGUGGACCUGAUGGAAUUCCUAGCGUCGUUUUAAAGAAUUGCAACUAUACUCUUUCGCUGCCACUGUUUAUUUUGUUUAAAACUUCUUUAAAUUUGGGUAUUUUCCCUCAUGCAUGGAAGAACAGUUACAUUAUUCCGGUCUUUAAAUCUGGACAGCGACAACGUAUUGAUGACUAUAGAGGAGUCUGCAAUCAAUCAGUAGAUCCCAAACUUCUAGACAACUUCGCCAAAGCGUUCGAUCGUGUUAACCAUAGAUUAUUAAUUUUGAAAUUGCGAAAAUUAGGGUUUACAGAUUUGACAAUUAGUUGGCUAACCUCUUUUCUUACGGACAGAAAACAACAGGUCCGCAUUGGUAAAUACAUUUCUGAUCAUUUUGAUGUUUCUUCUGGUGUACCGCAAGAAAUUAAAGAUUUGGGGAUUGCUGAUGCUUGCGUUCUUCAUGGGAUUAUUAAUGGCUAUAUUGACAAUCCAGAUUUGUUGGCUAAGUUGUCCUUCGUCGUCCCGGCAGUUGACAGUCGAUCUACACGUAACCUAUCUAUUUUUAGGAUUCCUCCUGCGACAACUAAUUUCUCUGCUAAUCACCCUUUAAGAAGAAUUAUGGAGGCUGCGAAUGGUUAUAUCAAACGCAAAGAAGUUUGUUUAUUUAGUUCUUCCAAAGUGCAUAAUAAUAAAGGCAACAGUCCUACGACAAGAAAGACUCUGCAAGUUGAAGCGUCUGAGGAGUAUAUCAUUUGGAAUUCCUCUAAGUGGCAAAUGCCUUACAUCAAGUUCGUUAACGACAUUAUUUAUACAUAUAUUAAAGAGCAGAGGACCCAGCACAGAACCCUGUGGUACGCCUGA